AUGCAAUCAAUUGGAGUCUCAACUCUUUGCUUUUUGUUGGUAAUUUCAUCAGCCAUUUGUGAUGAACAACUUCAACAAUUAACUGGAGGAAAUGUUCAUGGGAGACAUUUUUCAAUGUUCAACCCACUCUCAAUGGCCUCAAGCGCUAUUUCAGCUGGUGCUUCGGCUGCUGGUAAUGUUGCUAACGCUGCUUCAAGUGGCCUUAAGGCUGCUGGUUCACUUAGCUCUGCCAUCGGUGGUGGUGCUGGUGCUUUAGUCCAAAGUGGUGCUGGUAUGGCUGCAGAGGCCGAAAAUAAACUUGGCGAUGCUUCCAGUAAUGCCAUCAAGGGUGUUGGCUCAAUGGCCUCGACUGGCUCAAAAUUCGGUUCUGGAAUCGUUAAAGCUGCAGGUGAUUUGGAAGCCACUAAACUUGGUCUUCUCGGCGGUCUUGCAUCAACUGGUACUGGUUUAGUCUCUGAUGUAUCUAAUAAAUUCGGACAAAACGCCAACUCGAUGCUUUCAUCUAUCGGUUUAGGUGCUUUAGGAGGUCUUGUAAGCGAUGGUGCUUCAUCCGUUGCUAAUCUUGCCGAUGGAUCUGGUAAAUUGAUCGACAACUCUUUCAAGGGUUUAGGUGAUCUCGCAACUUCUGGUGCCAAUGCUGUUGCCUCUGGAAUCGAUUCUACCGGUAAUUUAGCUGAAAAUCUUUCCGGUAAUGUGGCCGAUGCCGCUAAACAAGGUUUCGCCAUGAAAGGAAACGCAAUAAAAUCUGCUGGAGAUGCCGCUGCAACAGUUUUGGGAGGCAAAGGAAAGCUCGGUGAAUUCGGUCUUGGUAUGGCCGGUGAUGCUUCCAAAUCUAUUGGGUCAGUCGCUGAAAAUGGACUAAAAGGUAUCGCCAAUGGUUUCAAGUUAUUCGGAUAA